AUGGUCGUGGGAGCGGGAUUUAUGAUGAACAUGGUAGCGUCAAGCUUGCUUCAAUCUGGUGCCUUUGAGGUAUAUCUCAAUGGCUCACUCAUCUAUUCGAAGCUAGAGACAGGAGCUGUGCCAACUGCGGAGACGCUAGCAGACCACAUCCUGCGCCAAAUUAUCUCUGGUACAGCAGCAGGAACGAGGACCGCAUAA